AUGACCACACGUUCAUAAAUAUUAUAAAUCGGGAAUUGUUUCAUUUACGUUUUAUUUUGUGCCAGUUAUUUUUUUAUUUUUUUUCUUAUUAUGAUAAGUCGCUAAGACUUAUCAAAUGCAAGUGGGACAACGCCUAAACGUAUUGAGUCAGGCAGACUAUGAGGACGGUGCGAACGGAAAAAAAGGCUUGAUGUCCACUAAAAUGAUGGAGACGCGUUACUACGAGGGCUGCGGACGAGAAGGACCUAUCCGGUGUAUAUUCCUUGGCGAGUUCCACCCGGUGGCGGGCCCUAAGAUUUCCUGUCAGUUCCCUGAAGACUACAUAUCAAAGGAUGUGUUUGAUUCAAUAAGUGCAUACAUCAUUCCAAAACCCCAGAUCCAGAAAUGUACCAUGACCAUUAAUGCUCUCGGGCACAAAAUUGUUGGGUACCCUAUACGGAUAGACAAUCCACGAUAUGAGCGAAAUGUCUACCUGUUCAACCUGUGCUUCGUGUGUGAUAGCUGGUCCAAGACCGUGCAGUACGAGCCAGUGGUCAAAAAGCUUGGCGAACACUUGACGAUAAUGGAGGAGGAAACCCGAUUUGUGUCCAGCGGGUCCACUAAGCUACCAACCCUGCUGGCACAUCUUCUACACGACCUUAAUACGCAUCGGAAAGCCACCCUCGUUGAGGGCGACACAGUUAUGCACUUAAAGGUGCUGGAGGUUCGGAAAGACCCGCCGCCCGUGUACGAUCACCACGUGCCCGUAUUGAUCGCAUCGGUGGGUCUGCCGAGACCAGGCCGGCCUCGACGUGCAGCGGCUUCGAAAGGCUCAGAGAACAUACAGAGUCAAGAACAUCUGGACUUAGACGACGAAGAGCCUUUCGAAGUCGACAUGGAAGCUGACUGGGAUCUCACGACCAGACAGCUUCUGCCGUUCAUGGACGGCUACAACCACGUUUCUAAGAUAGCAGCCGACACUAACGUGGAGAAGACUCUCGUUAAGUCCUGCAUCCAGAACCUGGUUUACUACGGCGUGGUAACUCUGAUCCCGAUCCUAAAGUUCGGGAACAUGUACCGUGCCACGCCCAAUCUGAGCCGUCUGUUCAGUGACCUCGAGCUUCAGAAGUCUUGCCUCAGCUUCAUUACAAAGGGCAACGACUGCAAGGAGAAGCCGACGAUCUCGGACGUGCUGGAGAUCCUGUGCUCGCUGCAGCAGGGCACGACGCUGCGGGCGGUGUGCGAGCGCGCCACCAACUCGCCCGGACCCGCCUUCGAUAUACGACGCCUUGUUGUGUACGCGCAGCUACACGGACUCAUCAAAUGUCUCAAACGAUACCCGGUGUUUCUCCGGAACCCGGCGCGACCCAACGGAUUCAGCAGUCGCAUGGACCCGGUGCUCGGCAUCCGCCGCCUCUUCACCGGCCGCCACUGCGUCGACGAGAUCUGCUGCCUCUCUCGCAUAGAUCUCCCAACCCUCGAUCAGAUCAUCGAGGACGAUCCCAACGUCGCUAUCAUAUGGAGGUAAUUCUACCCCAUAAUACCCGGCUAGAUACGGUUAGGCUGUAUUCUGUAAACAAUUAAUCUGACGGUUUGGCAAGACAACGCAAUAAACAAAAUUCUAAAUCACCAAUUAUUACAUCUUGUGUUGCUUUUAUAUUUCGGCAACUUUCUCGCUUUAUCACUUUGGUCAAUUCAGUUUCAGAAAUGCUGUACAUGUCAGAUACAGACUAGGCGACUACCGACUAACUCUAUUACGGGGAUGUCGCUCAGAACCAGACACCAGUGGGUGUUAAUGUCAUAACGUCGACUCUAUUACGUUGUCCAGCCAAUUAAUAACGCUCCCCCGGCGCAGUGCCAUGCUCCGGUUGCGGAAGAGAUAUCGAGAUCUGUACUUAUUGAAUUAUACUCGAACCUCCGAUAACUUGCAGCGCUCUGUGCGCGGGGGCCGCUAUACGCUCCACUGCGACUUACUCGACUAGCUGGUUGACCGGCUCUUGGGUAUGCAGCAGUGGACUCAAACCUCGUUACGAGUCAGAUUAUUUGCCCAACAACUUCGCCUAACCUGUACAUAUGCAUAAUUUAUAGAGUUUAGUCAGUACGCUUUUUGAUUCCAUAAGAUUUAACGAUAAGCUGUACAUUUGGCAAUCUUAGUUAAGACGUAAUUUAUGUGUACAGUAUUGGAUAGUGUUCACUAUUAUUAUUUGUAUUGUUGGCAUUCACGUGCUUUUACUAAGUGAUCUGAGUUGUGACCACUGAGCGUGUAAUAUAUAACGACUGGCCUCGCCGCUGUACGCUCACCGGCGGGUUGUGGAAGAGCUUUAUUUUUACGUAUUCGAUGAACCUCGCAGUCUGACGCUAGUAACUUAAGAUUAUUUAUAACAUUAAUGAUUUAGCUCAAAAAUAAACGAUUCCGGUGUUAGUAUAUUAGUUGGUCCGAGCCCAGCCCGCCGCCGACCGUGGCAGGCGGGGUCGCAGUCGGCAGUCGCCACAACUCUCGUCAUUACCCAUGAUUAUUAUUACACAAUAAUAUUGUGCAUAAUUUAAGAAAUCACAAAUAUAUAGUCGUUAUAUUUUGUGUUUACAAUAGGUAAAGUUUCACUGCCAUUACGGGCAUUUAAUUGCUUUUGAUACAAAAUAAAAUUUACAAGUGCAGUAAUUCUGAAGCUAUGAUUAAUUACAGUAAGUGUGACUUUUGUUUUGAGUCAAAUUUUAUUGUGUUUUAGGUACUUAGAAAUGUUUAUUAUACCGCUAAGUAUAGAUAGAGAGUGCGGUGUGGCGGACAUAGCCGUGUUCACAGGUAUCGAGACGCUAUCCCACAGAUGAUUUAUUGACGUUAUAUAUUUUAGCAGAUUCUAUUCCUUGUUAAGAACAUAUAUUGUUCCGUUAAGUUUAUGUAUUUAUAAUAUUUUAUUACAUUAUAUCAUGCUUAAUCGUAUAUCUAUCUAUGUAUGUAUUAUUCUCAUUAAACAUUAGAAGUUUAGAGUAGAAGAUUUUUCUUGUAUAUAGUCAAAAUUAUUACAGAACAUUUACCAAACUGGUGUGGGAGAGCAAAUUGAAAAAAUCAUACUUCUGCUUAUUAGAAUACACUUCAAAAAACAAUAUUGACAUUGACCAUCAAUCCAAAUUCCAUUAGUAAAAUAUUGAUUCGGUGUCUGACAGUUUCAAUCUGUUUCAAAAUUCACCUUCCGCCUCUCUGUGUCGCAGUUUUCACAUCAGUUCGGCUGGUGGUGCCUACAGAUAAGUUACAAUAGUCUACAGUAUAUUUAAUCAUGUGUAAUAUAUCGACUACAUAAGAACACCUUGUAUGUAGUUGUAUGUUGCCCAAAUUGCAGCUAUUAUUUAAUAAGGACAUAAUUAAAACAAUAUUCAAAAUUUUUACAAAAAUAGGUAUUGGAGUCUGAGAGAAAAUUAAGUGUCUCAUCGUAUUUUUGCACUUUCUCUUAGGUUUGUAGUAAUAAUGAUAAAUUUAUCUCAUACGAUAGUUAGGUAGGAACUCAUAAUCAUAUAAUAGUACUAGUAUGUCAUCAUAAUUUCUGUACAUUAUAAUUAAGCUAGAGUUUAUUUACGCGUUUUUUGCAAUCAAAUUAUUUAUUCAUAUAUAGUUUGAUUCAAAACACGGGUGUUAUGUUUAAUUGCUAGGUUAUAAUUGUACAUUUCUAUGAUGCGCGCACAUUUCCUUAUGAAUUAGGUUAAGACGGCCGUCUCGGUGUGGUCUCUGAGAUAUAUCUGUAAAUAUUCCAGAGUCAUAGCAUAAACAAAUGGGGUCUCGAUACAAGUGAGCACUCGUGGGUAUGUCCGCUAUAAUCGUACUGAUUUUAUUAUUCUGUUGUUCCAACAGUCAAACCGUUACAGCGCUUCAUUAUUAUGGCAUUUUUCGCGUGCCUCCACUCAACGUCAGUUGACUAUCACAGGAAUAAUCACACACUCUAGCAUCUGUCAUCCGCUUGUCUUGUUUACCACAAGCUGAUGAUGAAUGCUGAUCGGUGUGCUUAAUCUUUUAUUAUAAAGUUGGCCUUAAAUCAGACAUGUUCUAAAUUGUGUGUUAACGUUGUGUUGUUGAAUAGCUAAAUUAUUGUUUGUUGUGCACAGUUUACUCUUUAGAUUGUUAAAAUUUAAUGUAUUGACCGAUUUUCACCAUCAAUACUUGGAAUUACAUAUCACAGUUACACAAGUCCACCCCUGUGGCUUAUAUCGACUCCACCGUAAAAAUAUCAGGAAACCGAAUUCGAUUGUUAAAGUUAGAAUAAUAAACAUGGUAUAAGUAUAAAUGGUCCAUCCUUACUGGCAGAGCAAAAUUACAGCAAGCAUGCUCGAUAUACAACAAGGCCAGAUGUCUAAAUAAGUGUCUAGAAAAUAGUAAUACAUAAUUCAUAUAAAAGAUUGGUCAUUUUGUUACUCAAUUUAAUCAAAAUUCAUACUGUGCCAGCCCUAUUAGGUAAAAAAGAGAAUAUAUGCAAGUCUGAGGCCUUAAAGAGCAAUUUAUAUUUGUUGCAAAUAGAAAUAUAGAAACGAGUUUUAUAUUAAUAGUGACAGUAUUGUUAUUUACGUUGAACACUGCCUUUAAUUUUCUUAUUUAUUGAAUUUAAACUGUUUAAGCUGUUGUUGUAUGUGCUUUAUUACACACAUAUUUAAUGUAAGGUAGUGAACGUUACAUUUUGGUACUUAAUUUAUUUCAAAAUUGCCGUUUUUAAAAAUCUCUUAUUGUUUUAAAUUUUCGAUAGUUAUUUAUGUUAAGAAUGAUCUAGGUUUUGUUUGAGAAAGGUUCGAAAUAGAUGAUGUCGACGUUCACUCACAUUUUGCCUAUAGAUGGCAUGCAGGUGAGCAAGUCACUCCGGUGCUGUUCACCUUGCAAACAUUGAUAGAUCAGAGUGUGAGUGGACGCUCAACAUGUGGAGUGAGUAUUAGUUUUAGUAAUCUUUCUUUACAAUCCCCUCCUGCGCGGAGCGAGUGUCGCCGGCAGACUCUCAACGUGUUCGCGCAGAAGAUGAUUGUAAUGUCUCUUGGACACCCCGUGUCCCAAAAGCUAUCCCUACAACGGAGAGUCAAUGCAAUUUCUAUUGUCUAGAUCAUAAGUCACUAGUAAGGUAUUUUUGACCGUAGUAUUACUUUACAGUAUAAAGUGUAAAAAGUCCGCCUUUUAUUUAAUCGAAUUUGACGUGUUUUGCUAAGGCGAUGUCGCACUAGGCGAAUAUUUGGAGUAGGAAAUGUAUAUAAACAUGCGGGAAGCAUUCGAUAUAGGUUUACAUUGAUGGUUUCAGAAAGGAUACUUUAGGGAACCUUAGAUGCAUAGGUACGAGAGGAGUGGCUGGAAUGGGUAUGAGCAAAACGCGUUUAAGUUCCUUUUUAUUAAUAUGCACUGCUAGGAUAACUUCAUAUUUAUAACUUAGAUAAGGAGGUGGAAUAGCUGAUGCGCCGCAGUAGUGUUUUGUCAAAUAAUGACAUAAUAAUAUUUAAUCUGUCUCUUUCUUCAUGGUACUCAUCUAUUAAGUGUAUUCAUAUUUAAUCUUUAAGUAAUACGAAUUUUCUGGAUCGUAAGUCCAUUACUACUGUAAGUUAAUUGGGCUAAGUAUGAAUAGGAAACUAGAUUGUAAUCCUUUUUAAUAAUAUUAUGAAACUUCUUGUAGUAGACUUUAAUGUAAGUGUGUUUAAUUCCUCGAAUUUUCGCAAUUAUUAUAAUGUAGUGAGAUAAUAGAGCUGUGAAAAUUUUUGGAUGUAAUAGAAUCUUCUCGAAAAUCACGAUUCAAGAAAAUUAUAAAUUUAUUGAAUGUCGCUUCAGCGUAUGAGAAGUUUGACUUUUCGGAGAAAGAGUAUUUUUGUGGCCAUAUUAAUGAAAGUGAAACGAAGGUGACAUUUACGCAAAUGAUUUUCGAGUGGGUGAUGGAAAGUUGCGCAAAUUAUUCAGCGUCUAAUAGAAACAUAUUUAUCAUGUAAAACUAAACUUAACCGCUACCUUUUCUCAAGAAGAGAUGAAUUUUUAACUACAUAAUAUUGAGUGCAGUUGUAGAACUAUCGGAGUUCGAAUUAACGUGAUAACUAGUAAAAUAGCAAUUCCUAAAGUACUCGUGGCAACAUUUUGUCCGAUGCCUUCGCGUCAACCUACCGAACGACAAAGAAAACCUUGGUAAAAAAUCAUCCACGGAAUCAAAACAGCCCACACAAUGAGUACAAACACAGCAAUAGGGAAUUUUCAACCCAUUUCUUUCGAGAACAACUCAGUAUCAAAGCUUUAAGUACAGCGACAAAGUAGUUUGGUAGACGGCUGGUCCUUUUCACCAAUGAAUACGACAAGACAAAUAACUGUUUUCGUAUCCAGCUCAAUGUUUUUUGAAAACCAUCGUAUAAGUAGUUAGAAUCGUGUGUAAAUGUGUUUCUAUGGCACUGCUCUCAUAAACAGUAUUAUGUACCACUUAGGUUGUAAGUCGAUGUUGUACUUGAUAUUCUAGUAUUUAUUGUGUAGUAAGUAGUACCGCGCGACGGUUGAUGUCCGCGUCUAAGGAGCAGGUUUACCUUAAGUCAUGUAUUUUAAUUAUAAGGAUCACUGAAGAUGGUGGCUCAGUCAAGCUUCGCUGUGAUUGUCAACCGUUUAUAUUUACGACGUAGUCACAAAAUGUAGUAGCAGUACACGUAAUACUAUGAUUGCCUGGUCUACUUAGUUUUAAACCAGAUCAACCAGAUUUAUCUUUAAUUAUAUUAGUGAUAUUUUUAUAUUUCGAAAUUCUUAGGAGCUUAAAGCAAGCGAUACGAAUUACUUAAAAUAUUUUUCUUAGUGUGACCCGGCUUAUUCAGGGUCUGGACUUAACUAUUGAAUUAACGGUUGUGAUUAAUAAUUUGUUUAGUUUUUCUCUCAAAUUAUAAAUACCUGCCUAUUCUACGUCAAUAAGGUACUUAAAAUUACUGUGAAUUCACAUCGACUACUCUUGUACGUAGUUCAGAAAAUCGUUGCUUACAAUUUGGUAAAUAUAUCACCAAAAUUUACAUUAAAAACUACGAAAAAAUGUUCAAAACAAAAUUGCGUCCUUGUAUACGUGUCUAUUGUCAACAGCAGUAGCUCAGUACACCUGCCAUGAAAAUCACUUAUUGAUAAAGUAUUAUACUACAACAUCACAGCUGGGCAUUGGGCAUAGGCCUUCAUCAUUCUUGCCGAUAUAAACAGACCGUGCGUCCGUGUAGCCCAAUGCCAUUAUUAUGCAUAGCUAAACACAAAAGUGUUUAUUAAUACUACUUAUUAUCACGUAUCUACUUAAUCAACAAAUUAGUUGCCAUCUUCAGUGGAUAUGAUAUCGAUUAAUUACUCCAAUAUUUAUAUUAAGAUAAUACUAAACUUUUCUUGUCAAAUUAUAUUCUUAGUAAUAUGGUGUCAGUAUUUACUCAAACUUUCAUGUCCAGUCUUCAAUGUAGAUGAUUUUAAUAAUAAUAAUUUAUUAUACCUUUAUUUUCUUGUGUUCACAACUAAUUUAUUUAUGUGUGUUGCAUUUUGUUGUGCAGUUGUGUAUGGAUCGACUCGCAGUAGAUUACACGAGAAACUUUUACAGAACAGCAACUUAUGGACUGAAUUUGAGUGUGACUAUGAAUGUGGAUAUGUUUUAAUACUUGCCGACUGAAAACCAAGUGCUGUACCACUGUAAACGUGUAGUCUAUCUGUGUGUUUUAUUUAUUUAAUUCUCCUAAGUUAUGCGAGUUGUGUUUGUGAAUAUCAUAUGAAUGGUAGCUUUGUAUUUUAAAUGUAUUUUAAACUCAAAACGAUGUCGGCUUUGGAAUUACCUUUUGAUGAUGUAAGUCAUGUAUUUUAGAUUAUCAGUCCAUAAUAAAGUAAUCAACAAAAA